CAAUAUGACAAGAGAGGAUCGGUAGGGUAAUUUUCAACACUACACACUGGAAAAUAAAACAGCCAUCGCGAAGAGCGUGCACCACGAUUAUUCCCUUCUCUUCAAACCCCGCAAAUUCUGUGGUUUUGAAGUUGUGACAACCAUAAUCUUAAAUCAAUCUGCUUAAAUUGUCAACUGUUACGUUUUGGACGCACGUAUUGCGAAAACGGAAGAGAGAAUAUGGCUAUAACGAAUUUCCUCAUGACAGUGAUAGGGGUGGGAGCGGUGGUUCUUCUGCUGAGGAGCGAUGUGAAGCAGUCUGCAAAUAUCUUUAAACGCAACAUGAAACAAAUUCGCACCUGGAUUGAGGAAGAGUCCUCGGCCACAGCUUCCAAGCGAUCUAUUCAGGGCUCCAAGCAAGGAAUCAUUGGCUGUCGUUCCUGUGUUGUUGAAGCUGUGCAGAGAGCCAAUCAAAGAUGUUCUCAGGACCGAGCAUGUAAAACCCAAAAAUAUUGAGCCGCCUGCACCAGAGAAGAAUAUUCCUAAGGAGGACAAGCAAUAGGGUGGAAUUGUUCAAUAUGUAGUUACAGAACAAGUGAAGGUGAUAUUUUGUUGGUUUUUUCUAUAUUAAUGAGAAUCCCUUCAAAGAUCUCUUAACAUCUUAGUUAUUCAGAUCAAGUAUUUAGUGAGAGCCUAUGUGAUUGACUAAACAUGUCAAAGUUUAAGGAUACUUAUUACAAAGCCAUAAUAGUUGCAUAUCAUGCCAAAUUUUCCUCUUUGCCAUGAAACAAUGUAUCAUAAAAAUAAUUUAUAGUGCAACAAUUAUGUUC